AGUUGAACUGAGUUGAACUGAGUUAAAGAGGAAAAACUUUUUGAUGAUACGCGUCAUAUUGAAUCUGUGCCGAUUUAUGUCCGCAACAUGCGACAAAUAACGAACCAGCACGUGAUGGCUUAAAAAAAAUCUGCAAACAUAUACACACAACAUGUCAUAGACACACAACUUAUCAUCUUCGCUCCCGUCUGCGUAAGCGUAUUCAGGGUUAUAACUUAUUCCUUUUUUUUUAUCUUGUUUGUUUUGAUUUGUAUUUGUGAUCCGACGGAUUACGUUGUUACCCCGAUCCAUAAAUUGGGCGGAUCGGAUUCUUGCAAGGGGAUUAUUGUAUCGGCUCUGUUGAACGCAGGUUUAGUGCACAUAAUGGAGUGCUGUCAGUAUUAUUUGGCUGGAAGGUAAAAUUCAUGCAACAAGACAAAUGAUCCAUAUUGUCCCUGGCUGCUUAAGAUCUAACAAGAGAUCUCAAGUUACCAUAUGCUCUCCUUAGGAGGAUUUGCUGGUCCUGCAAGCCGGUUUUGGUCAGUAACACCCGAAGAAAUAUGGGUGUUGAGAUUGUGGGAUCUGAAUACGUCAAAGAUCAGACAAUCUCAAAAUUGGUGAAUGUUGAUGAGGAGAAAACUAUUAAACUUGAAGCUAACGACAUGAAAGCAUUUUCUGGUUUUGAGGCAGCUGAAGCACCUACUGGCGCAAAUGAAUCCCUGAACGUUCAGGAUCAAAAGCAGGAGACCGUUAUAGACAAUGGGAUACCUGUAGAUGUUAAAGAUGAGUGGCCUGCCCCAGCCGAAGUUCAUCAGUUUUAUAUGGUGAAGUUUCGAUCUUAUGAUGAUCCACAGCUGAAGUCAAAACUUGACCAGGCUGACAAAGACCUGCAAAAGAAAAGUCAAGCUCGUUACCAAAUAACUGAAGCCUUAAGAGCUAAAAGGAGUGAGAGGGCUGAGGUUAUUGAGAAAUUGAAGCCUUUGACAAGUACAGAAAAGGUUUAUAGGAAAUCACUGGAAGAGAAGAAAAAAGAAUUGGAGCCCCUCCAGACAGCCUUGGGUAAAUUCAGGAAUGCAAAUGUUGCAUCUAGAGAGAGAGGUCAGGGUUUGUGCUCUUCCGAAGAAGAGCUUAACAGAAGGAUACACAAUUUACAGUUUAGAAUAGAGCAUGAUAACAAUACAUUGCCAGAGGAGAAGCAGAUGAUUAGAGAAAUAAAACAACUUGAAAAUACGAGAGAGAAGGUUAUCGCUCAUGAAGCGAUGCAGGCUAAACUUCAGGACUCCAUGGGAGAGAAAGAGCUUAUACAAGACCGUUUUAAAGUUUUGGGAGAGGAUUUAGAUGCAUUGAGGAAGGAGCAACAAGGUGCCUGGAGUAGGAUUAAACCCUUCGAGGAAGAUUUGAGGGUGAUUGAUGAAAAACUAAGCACGUUACAAGAAGAGUUAGCUGUUGCAACUGAGAAAAGAGAGAAGGCUGCUGCAACGGUUUUCCAACUGAAAAAUGAACGUGAUGCUGCGAAUGCAUCAUAUUUUCAAUAUCGUGCUGUGCUAACCAUUGCUAAAGAUUUGGCUUCUAAGAAGGACACUGCGGGAUUAGAGGAAUUUUCUCAGAAUGAGGUUGAGAAGUUUACGUCUCUCUGGAAGAGCAGCUCAACAUUUAGGGAAGAUUAUAUAAAGAAAACUUCUCCCUUUCUUUACAAUCGACAGCUAAGCAAAGAUGGCAGGACUCCAAACCCUGAUGAAAAGUUUACAGUUCCAGAUGGAGGGGAAGGUCUGGGAUCAAAUUUUGGUAGGGAGAAUCAAAAGAAAGAAACUGUGAAUUCAAAGGCAUCAAAAACUUUGGCAGAUCGUGGCCUUCCUAACUCAAAUGGAGAUUCUAAAGAAAAUAUUCAAAUAAUUGGGUCUGGCAAGGGUAAAGUGUCUUCAAAGCCAAGCAAUACACAUGAAUCUGAAACUGCUGUAGCAUCAGAUGUGAUUCCGAAUGACAAACCUACAACUUAUGAUGAAGAGGAUGCAGUCAUUAUGAAGGAAAAGAAGAGGGAAGAAGAAAUUGCUAAAGCAAAAUUAGCUCAGGAAAGGAAGAAGAGGCAGGCUGAAAAGGCACUGGCUAAGGCUGCAGUAAAGGCUCAGAAGGAAGCUGAGAAAAAAAUGAAGGAACGGGAAAAAAGAACUAGGAGGAGAGCAUCAGCCACACAGCCUUCAGAAUCUGAAGUAGCAGCAAAUAUUGAGGCUGAGGCUGCAAAUGAUGCUGAUGAGCCGGAACCAAAAAUCUCUGAAGAUACAGAACAGCAGAAAGAAGUUGAAUCCAAUAACAAAAUCAGGUCAAGAAAGAGAGACUUCACAAGCAAGUCAAAAGUAAAGGCUUCUUUUCCCAAGUCUGCUUUGAAAAAGAAGCAAACUUUUCCUAUCUGGGUUUGGGCAGGCGUAGCUGUUCUAAUUGUGUUUCUGCUCUUUGCAAUUGGUUAUUAUUAUGUUUUAUGAUUUGAGGCUUGAGUACUUGAGAGAAUUGAAAUUACAGCUCGUAGAUUUAAAUCACCAGAAUAUGAAAGGAGAUAGAUCUGUAGAUUGUACCGUGAGGAGCCUAGAUUUAAAUAAAACAAUUUUGAGUUCUCAUUCUUUUGGAGAUCACAUAGACAAAAUAUAUGCUGAACGUUAGCAGUUCUUUGAUUUGGAUAAUAUUCCUCUCCAUCCCUGGAGGAAAAAAUUACUUUCUCUGAAGAUCAUUGGCUGUCUACUCAAGUUGUUUGAUGUAUGGAUAGCUUUGAUUAUGGAUUUGGCUUACCUCAAGCAUAAAUAAACAUUUUUAUUUAUAAA